CCCGCCCUCCGGCCGCGUCCCCGCCGGCCCUGCCGACGUGGCGGGGCGGGACCCGCCGGGCGCUCCCGCGCGCACUCGGCCGCCGGAGCGAUAAUAAAAUGUCUGAUGAUGCUGGUGACACCUUAGCCACUGGAGACAAAGCAGAAAUUACUGAGAUGCCCAAUAGUGAUUCUUUACCUGAAGAUGCAGAUGUGCACUGUGAUUCAGCCACAAUUUCAAAUGACCCAAUGCCAGCUGACCCCAGAGAAGAAGUGCAUGAAAACGCAGCUGCUCAGAGUGCAGAGACUGCUGCCGCUGGGCACCCUGAGCAGCCCAGAGACACCAGUGCCAUGGAGCCCCCUCCCAAGGGAGAAGUGACUGAGGAUACACUUGCUGAGUGCAUUGACUCUGUCAGCCUUGAGGCAGAACCCGGAUCCGAAAUACCCCUGAAAGAACAGAAUGACCUGGCUGUGGACUCCCCGCCAGGUGGAGGAGGAUGGGCAGGCUGGGGCUCCUGGGGCAAGUCUCUGCUCUCAUCGGCGUCGGCCACUGUAGGUCACAGAUUGACAGCAGUCAAGGAGAAAGCAGGAGCCACCCUACGGAUUCAUGGUGUAAAUUCUGGAUCUUCCAAAGGGGCCCAAACUGAUACUGAAAACAGAGUCCCUGAAAUAACAGAUGCGACUGCAGAUGGGGGCCCUGCAGAAAGCCCACCCACUUCUCCUUCAUCAGGUCCUCGGGGCGUGCUGUCAGCCAUCACCAGUGUGGUUCAAAACACGGGUAAGAGUGUCUUAACCGGAGGUCUCGAUGCUCUGGAGUUCAUUGGCAAGAAAACCAUGAAUGUCCUUGCGGAAAGCGACCCAGGCUUCAAGCGGACCAAGACCCUCAUGGAGAGAACCGUGUCCUUGUCUCAGAUGCUGAGGGAAGCCAAGGAGAAAGAAAAGCAGAGACGGGCACAGCAGCUCACGGUGGAGAGAACCGCGCACUACGGGAUGCUCUUUGAUGAAUACCAAGGUUUGUCACACCUAGAAGCCCUGGAAAUUCUGUCCAAUGAAAGCGAAAGCAAGGUUCAGUCAUUUUUAGCCUCACUUGAUGGAGAGAAGCUGGAACUCUUAAAGAAUGACCUAAUUUCCAUUAAAGACAUCUUUGCAGCCAAAGAAUUAGAGAAUGAAGAGAAUCAAGAAGGCUUAGAAGAAAAAGGAGAAGAAUUUGCCAGCAUGCUUACAGAGCUUCUCUUUGAAUUACAUGUCGCGGCCACACCUGACAAACUCAAUAAGGCCAUGAAAAAAGCUCAUGACUGGGCGGAGGAGGAUCAAACCACGGUGUCAGUAGAUGUGGCAAAAUACCCAGAGGAGGACACGAAGAAGGAAGAAAAAGAAGAGAAGCCUAAAGACCCUCAAGAAGACAAAAAGGAAGAAAAGAGAACUAAGACUGUAGAGGAAGUCUACGUGUUGUCCAUCGAAAGUCUGGCGGAAGUGACGGCCCGCUGUAUCGAGCAGCUUCACAAAGUGGCAGAGUUGAUCCUUCAUGGGCAAGAAGAGGAAAAACCAGCUCAGGACCAAGCAAAAGUUCUGAUAAAAUUAACUACUGCAAUGUGCAAUGAAGUGGCCUCCUUAUCAAAGAAGUUUACGAAUUCUUUAACCACUGUUGGGAGUGACAAGAAGGCCGAGGUCCUUAAUCCCAUGAUCGAUAGUGUAUUGUUAGAGGGCUGCAAUAGCAGGACGUACGUACAGGACGCCCUCCAACUGCUGCUGCCCGUUCUGCAGGUUUCGCACAUCCAGACCAGCUGUUUGGAAGCACAGCCCUGACGCAGCCAGACUCCAUGGAGCCGAAGGAAACAGCAGACCACAUUACUUCCUAAGCGGAUGUUUUCUAUACAGCUGGCCACAGACACCCAUUUGAGGACACUACAGGCAAUUUUGCACAGACAGUACUGAGAAUGCAAGUUUAAAGAGAGUUGUCAUUUCUCUUAAUGUAUUUGGUUGUUUUGACAAAUAAUUAUGUUUUCUUUAUGUUAAUUUAAACUUACAUGGCUUAUAUUGAAAA